UUUUCAUUUCUCCGAAACCCCCAAUUUGAGUGAGCUAGCAAAUAUUCGCUGGUUUUUGACAGUGUGAAAAAUGUGGAACGCUAAUGGAAACGGGAUGAUGAAGAUGACGACGACGAUGCUGCGGUAUUUCACUACGAAUUCGAGGAAGCGCGCCCCCAAUUUGAGAAAAAUAAACCCUAGGGUCCCUUUUGUCGAGGCCGCCUCCAUCGCCGAAGAUCUCUACGGCGUUAUCAAAAGCCAUGGCCCUCUCUCCAUUGGCAACGCGUGGAAUCACGCCAAGGAUGCUGGUAUAAGUGGAUUAAGCAGCAAAACGCACAUGAAAUUGAUGCUGAAGUGGAUGAGGGGUAGGAGUAUGCUGAAGCAAAUAUGUAACAUCGUUGGCUCGAACAAGAAAUUUCUGAUCACCACUCUUCCUGAAGAACCUCAACCUAACCUGCCAAACACCUCCAUGGAAGUCGUCAAGCCAAGAAGUCAAAAACCUUCACAGAAUAAGAAUAAGAGAAAAUCACGAUAAUUUUCUCCCUUCUAUUUUCUCUCUUUUUUUUUACGCCUUAAACGAAGAUGAUGUCAGUGUAAUCGAAGACACAGAAUUCGAGAGGUCAGGUUAUAAUUGGACAUGGAUUCCUUUUAGGGGCGCGUAUUUUGUUCCUUUGGAGAUGUAUUUGCAGGAUAUUUCCUUGUGUAAGCACUUGUUUCGUUAUAGUUUUUUUUUGUUCUAAAGGCGAGUGGCUUAUUAUCA